CAGCUAUGGCGGCAGUUGUGGAGGAUGGUGGUCCUCAGUGGAAGCUGGAUAUGGAUACCGUCAGGCAGGAAAUCCAGAGACAAGACCCCGCCGUGCUCUCUGUAAUCGUGGCCCUUGUCGUUGUAUUGGUCAGCCUGGUGCUGUGGAAGCUUCUACGUCAGAGACAGACCAGCAGAAGAGCCAUUCUACUUGUUGGCCUCUCUGACUCUGGGAAGACGUUACUCUUCAUCCGGCUUUUAACUGGAAAAUUGAGAAAAACACAGACUUCUAUUACUGCCACAUCUGCUGUUUACAGAGCAAAAAGUGACAAAGGCUCCAGUUUUACAUUAGUUGAUAUUCCUGGCCAUGAGAGCUUGAGACUUCAGUUCUUGGAACAACACAAGACAGCAGCCAGGGCCAUGGUUUUUGUGGUGGACAGUUCAGCUUUCCAGCGUGAGGUUAAGGAUGUGGCGGAGUUCCUCUACAAUAUUCUAACAGAUGCCACACUGCAGAAGAAUGUCCCACCUAUACUAAUAGCAUGCAACAAGCAAGAUAUCUCUAUGGCCAAGUCAGCCAAACUGAUACAGCAGCAACUGGAAAAGGAACUAAACACACUACGUGUCACUCAAUCAGCUGCUCCCAGCACCCUGGACAGCAAUAGCUCCCCAUCUACCACACAACUUGGCAGGAAAGGCAAAGACUUUGACUUCUCUCAAGUUCCUAUGAAAGUGGAAUUUGUAGAAUGUAGUGCUCGGGACAGCAAAGAGGAAGAGGGGGAUGCCAACCUCAGAAAUGUAGAGGGCUGGCUGGCCAAACUGGUGUGA